AUGGACAACCCCGUGCUUCGCCAGGUGCUGUUGGGAUGUUACGACCCCAGCAGUCCACUGCGCCACCUCCGCGGCCAACGAGGCAUCUUGGAGCUCAUCUUUGCCAAGCUCAUGAAAGCUUGGGAAGCGCACAUCGACGACAAUGCUCGAGGCGUCAUGCGUCUUGGCGGCAGGCGAGGGGCUUCCAUGCAAAACAUUCCAGGGCGAGUACCGCAGAGACUUCGCUUCCCCGAGCCGUGGCCCCAAACGAUGGACCCGCUGUCUAACCGACCAUAUGACUUCCAUGUUAACAUGAUGCCGUUUGUCAUGGGCGACAUCACGUCGUUGCCAACGUCCUGUCAACGGUACCACGAUAUCAUUGUGGGAUGUCUGGCGAAGAACAGCAGUGGCGAGCACGGUAAGGUGGGGUACCUUACUAUUCACGAAGGUAUGGUGGAAGCUGGCACGUCCCAGCGCCGCGGUGGGCUGCACAUUGAAGCAGGUGGCGGCGGCGGCCAGUCCAUCAAAACCGAAGAUUUUUUCUGGGGCCAAGGUCGUUUCGAACAGAACGUCCUCCAUGGCGGCAUCUACAUGGCAUCGACGGUGGAGCAUUCAUGUGCGAUGUACGAUGUUGUGAUUCAAGACCCGGCAAGUGUCGUGGGGGCACUGGGGGACGUGGAGCACUUGCGAUCGAGUUUGGCCAAAAAAGACAUCCGACCGCUGCUUCUUCAAGCGAACGAGCUCGUUUGGAUGACCGAUCGCACGCCCCACGAGUCGUUGCCAUUGCCGGUCACGACGUUUCGCCAGUACUUUCGCCUAGUCACGAGCGGAGUCUCCCACUGGUAUGCCGACCAUUCGACCCCCAACCCGUUGGGCAUUCAGCCCACCGCCAAGAUUGUAUUCGGCAACAAGUUUCACGCUGUAGUACAUGAUGUGUUGAAAGCUCCCCAGAAUGAUCUAUCCACUUAGCGCACGUUGUCCUACACCUUUUUGCAGUUAAGUUGACCGAAUGCCCGAUUUAUAUGGCCAUAUGCCCGUUAUAAUUGGCCAUGUGCCAUUUAAUUUGGCACACGGAUGUCAUGUGCCCGAUAUAAUUGGCCGUGU